AUGACAGGGAAAGGUAGAGAAAUAGUAGACAUGAUGGAAAGAAGGAAAUUGGAGGUACUCUGUGUCCAAGAAACAAGGUGGAGAGGAAACAAAGCCUGUGAACUUGGAGAAGGAUACAAGCUAUCUUAUAGUGGUGCAGAUGUAAGAGGCAGAAACGGAGUGGGAAUCAUUUUAAAUCCAGGUCACAAAGAGAACAUCAUAAGUGUUAACAGGAAAAAUGACAGAAUUAUGCAAUUGAAGUUGAUAAUUGGAGGAAUGGUAAUGAAUGUAAUUAGUGUAUAUGCACCUCAAGCUGGUUGCGAACAUGAAGAGAAAGUAAAGUUCUGGCAAGAUUUGGAUAGCAUAGUGGCAAGUGUAGCGGAAGAUGAACGGAUUAUUGUGGCAGGUGAUCUCAACGGACACGUUGGAGUGAGAAAUGAAGUGGAACGGGUACAUGGUGGUAAUGGAAGUGGCGUUUGUAAUGAAGAAGGAGAAAGGGUGAUUGAUUUUGCGGUAGCAUACGACAUGGCCAUAGUGAACACCUUUUUUGUAAAGAAGGACUAUACCACAUAUUCGAGUGGGGGACUGGAGACACAGUUAGACUACAUCCUGUAUCCGAGGAGUAACAUGCAGGAAGUAAGGAACUGUAAAGUUAUUAAAGGAGAAGUGGUGGCAAAACAACACCACCUCGUAGUGGGUGUGCUGAAUAUUAAGAGAAGAAAGAAAGGGAAAAGAAGAUCAACGCCCAAGGUGAAAUGGUGGAAAAUGAAAGAUGAAGAUUUGAAAGUUCAGUUCCAGCAAAAUGUACUAGAAGGAGUAAGGUUGAAGGAUGUUGUGGAGGACUGGUGGAAUCACAAUGCUCAAUUAGUUCUACAAGCAGGAGAAGAAAUAUUUGGUAUGACAUCAGGAAGAGGACCUCCAAAUGAUAAGGAAACGUGGUGGUGGAAUGAGGAAGUAGCAGAAUGCAUCAGAAGGAAGAAAAAUGCCAAGAAAGCCUACUAUGUGGAUAGAACUGAAGGAAAUAAAGAAAGACUCAAGGUUGCAAAUAAAGAAGCAAAGAAAGCAGUGGCUGUAGCAAGGCGGUGGUUAGAGAGGAAAUAUAUGAAGAUUUAG